AUGCUUACUUGCAGCGGUGCAGAGGGAUCUACUGGAAAUUCAAGUGACCUUGAUAGCGUUAUUGCAUCAAUCAAGGAUUUUGAUAUUACACCUGAAAACACGAGGUUGUUCUUGCCCCAGGUUAAGUGGGAGAAGUUGGCUUCCAUGUAUGUCCCAGGCCGAUCUGGCUCAGAAUGUGAAGCAAGAUGGUUGAAUUGUGAAGACCCCUUAAUCGAUCACCAUCCAUGGACUAGUGUGGAAGAUAAGAAUCUUCUGCAUAUUGUCCAACAAAGGGGGAUCAGCAACUGGAUUGAUAUUGCAGUAUCAUUAGGAACAAACAGAACCCCAUUUCAGUGUCUGGCACGUUACCAAAGAAGUCUCAAUGCUUCGAUAAUGAAAAGGGGGUGGACUGAGGACGAAGAUGAAAAACUUCGUGCUGCAGUAGAAGUUUUUGGCGAGAGUAGUUGGCAGGAUGUUGCUUCCAGUUUGGAAGGAAGGACAGGUACCCAAUGCUCUAAUAGGUCAGUUAACUUGCUCAAUGAUGAUAUUGAGUUCUCAUUGAAUUUUGGUUGA